CAUGUAUCGUCGUACAUCUGCGGCCUACUGUCUAUUCAAAAGCGAUUUCUGUUGCAUUGAUUUGUUGAACGUAGCAACGACUAGAGUCUCACCGCGCUAAAAUCUCAAUCACACAAAAACUGAAACGAUUAACUGUUCACCGUCACCAUUGUUUUAAAUCGCUAAUUUUGCAAAAAUGGCAAUGAAUAUCAACCAAACGAACAACGCUUUCGGAAUAAAUGCGGCCACAUUCAUGCCGGCCAAAACGAUGGAUGCACGCAGCGAAAGUGAUAAGAAAAAAGUGGCGCUGGGUGACAUCAAAAAUGCACCCGCGGCACCAACUAGUGGUGGCAAAACCACAACCAAAAAGGUUGAAACCGAAAAGAUGGCUGAAAGCAAUGACGACUACGAGUACGCAUCUUCGCGACCCGUCGAUUGGUUCCCGAUAUGGAUCGAAGCCGCCGCUUUGUCCGACGAUCUAAUUAACAAAAUGGCACGACAGCUGACCGGCCGCGACAUCGAUCCGAACGAGGAAAUUGAGCCGCCAAAGUAUUAUGAAAUCGAAGACAAAAUCUAUCCGCAAACUGAGGAAAUUACUCCAGAAAUUCCACCAGAGAUCCAAGAAUUCCCACCAAUGUCACCGGACUCGAGUUCAUCGGAAUAUCAUUCGUUUGACUCGUUUGAUGGCGACUUUGAAGAAGACAUCAAACCAUCGACCCAAUCGUUCUACAAUGACUCCGAAAUGUCAGCAUUGAACCAAUCAGUGUUCGAAUUUUCAUCGGAUUCUGAGGAUAGUUUCGCAGAAUAAGGAUAGCAUAUCUCAUUUAUUGUACUUUAUCGAGACAAAUCGUAUAGAGCUAGAGCUUUGAUCUGUCUGAUGAGUAUGCCCGUUUAUAUUAAUCGUAAAAUUAAAGAAAUUUUUUUUGAUGUGAUGACGUUAUACUAAGCAAACAUUACCUGUGCUAGCUGCUAAUUUAUGUAUAAAAAAUGAAAAACUAAAAUAAAGGAAGAAAUGAAAAAAAAAGUAAGGAAGGAAGAAGAAAAA